AUGCGUCUAGUGUGGUCGUCUGUAGUGUUAGUGCUUGUCGCCUCUCGCUUUCAGUUACUGCCGCUGACUAGCAGAAAUGCGAAAAGGGGAGCCGAGUGCGUAAGUCUUCCCCUGCCAGUAUAUAGCCUCUCCACCAGCAAGCACUAUGUAGUGCCUUCUCGUGGUGACAGAUGGCAACCAAGCACUUUGCGGACUUGGGCUAAACUACAGGGGACGGGGGAGGAGUUUGGCCCCCUUAACAUGCGGCAUGCAGGCCCACCGGUGUGUGGACACGCCCUGGUUCUAUGGUCUGCCCGUGUCUAUUCAUAUCUGAUUCAUUUUUUUCGCAACCGACUCCAUCUGUUCAUAUCUAUUAAAAAAAAAGCAAUCUAUCAAUCUGCCGAUCUUUCUGCUGCUACAGAUCAAGCCAAUCUUCCUUUCCAUUUAUUUAUCUCUCUAAUUUUUCACCCCACUUUCUUUCUUUCUUUCUUUCUUUCUUUCUUUCUUUCUUUCUUUCUUUCUUUCUCUCUCUCUCUCUCUCUCUCUCUCUCUCUCUUUAUCUCUCUUAGAGAGCCAUCUUCUCACUUUAUACUACAGCUUCUUUCUUUCUUUCUUUCUUUCUUUCUUUUUUUCUUUCUGUCUGUCUGUCGUUCUAUCUUUCAUCCUUUCUGCUUUUCUUUCUAA